UUGAAAACGGACAACAGCGUGGCACGCCAACGACUCACCACCAGUGGCAGCACUCAAAGCAGCCGACAAGCGAAACAAACAAUUACUACACCGCCAUUCAUCGAUUUGCAGGCGUCACCAAUUCAACUUGACUGCAACCAAAAAAUAAAAUAAAAUUUCUAAAAAGGCAUUUGUGCAAUUGCGCUGAGUUUGCGGCAUUCGCUGAGUUUUAUGGCAAAAGAGCGACAGACGGUAAUAGUGUGACAAGGCGCGUGAAAACGUCGCGUCGCGAAUAAAAUUGCAAAGUAAAAACAUCACAUUUCUCCCGACCAAAUGGUUGUUGUUGCGGUGUAGUGUCAUCGUUAUACGCUUUUGUUGCUGCUACACGAGUGUGUCAAACUGAAAUUACGAGUUCGUCUUGCUGAGCGUUUAGUCGGUGGAUUUUUCGCAAUUUAGUGGUGUAUAUUAGGAGCGAACGCUCGUUGCAUUGCUCAGUCAAUUUCGCAAAGUCCAACGGUUAACAUCAACAUUCGGUGUGGAAACAACAACUCACUCACUUGCCAAAUAUUGUGCUGUCUUCGCUUUCGCUUAAAUGAACAGACACCGCAACGCAGAAUCGCAAGAAAAAAGAAAAUCGCAUAUAAACACUGCUGCCGCUGUGUGUUGGCAAGUAGCGGGUGUACAAUAUAAAAAAUAAACAAUUUCAUUGCAUUUUGCUAAAUUCUCCGCAUACAACAAAUACAAGGACAUUAUAAAUGAAGUGCAAAACGUAGUGUUAUUUAUGAUUAUUAUUUAAUUGUAAAAAAAAACAACAACAAAAGGAAAGCGUGCAUUUUUGCGCAUUUUACGUGCCGUUAUUAAGUCACUGCCAAAGCAAAUAUAUUUAAGUCAAAUUUAUUUUACGUGCAAAUCCAAAGUUAAAUAUAAACACGUGGAGCAAAUAAUACGAUUUUACCAAGUUAUAAUAUAACGGAAUGUGUAUGUGAUAAAACAAAAAAAAUAUUUUAUGGUCAUAAAAGUAAACAAAGCGCCGCUGUUUUAUUUGAUUUAACGAAGCUGUAAACUAAUUUAGCAAGUUAAGUCCUUGCACACGCCGACUUAACAAAUAACUAUAAAUUACAUGUAAUCUUAAAUCCAGUUGAUUUACAAAAUAAUUAAAUAAAAACUUAAGGCCUUUACUUAAAUCGAAUUACAUAAAAGUGUUUUAAAAGCGUAAUUCUUGCAACAAAAUCCGUGCAAUAUGGAGAUGCGUUCGAAACUUGGUAGCUUCGAGUUGAAAUACUGCAGUGCGGAGAGCGCCGCCGAACGUUUACUUUCAAUUAUACAUACAGAACCCGUUAAGGUAAAUCGUAAACAUGGGGCCAUUUCAUUUUCAGAAGCUUUAUCACUUACCGGUUUCGGCAAAUUCAAUUAUUUUCUCAUCUUCAUUUCGGGCAUGGUUUUGGCCAAUGUAUUGUUGGAGACGGCAGCUAUGGGCUUUAUUUUACCAAUUGCACAAUGUGACUUAAAUCUUACGAAUCAGGAUAAGGGCGUGUUGAGCGCCAUUAGCUUUGCUGGCAUCAUAACCAGUUCACAUUUGUGGGGCUUUUUGGCCGACACAAAGGGACGCAGACGUGUGAUUAGACCUACAUUAUUGGCAGGCUUUAUUGUCACGCUAUUCUCAAGUUUUUCGCACACAUUUUGGGUGAUGGUGUUGCUGCGGUUCAUCAAUGGAUUUUUCGUCUCUGGUGGCUCGGCUACAAUUUAUGCCUACCUCGGUGAGUUUCACACAGAUAAGACACGUUCACGCGCCAUGAUGGGCUCCUCGUUCAUCUUCGCGAUCGGUGCGAUGAUCUUGCCAAUGAUUGCCUUCCUUGUUAUAAAUCAAGACUGGGUCUUGCCGCUGCCUUUCUUGGGUAUUGAUUAUAAGCCUUGGCGUCUGUUUUUAAUCGUUUGCGGCAUUCCCGGUAUGCUUUGUGGUCUCUCGAUGUUCGCCUUGCCCGAAAGUCCAAAAUUCCUGUUGGCGCACGGCAGAGAGGCGAAAGCCAUUGAGGUCUUGCAGAAGAUGCAACGUUGGAACGGUGGCAGUGAGGAUCUUAAAUUGAAACACAUCUUACCUGAGGAUGAGCAACCCGGCUCCAUGAUGCAGCUGAAUAAUCAAUCGGCUGCGAAGGAGAACUUUGCCACCGCUUUCAUGAAGAGCAUGUGGAACCAGACUGUGCCGUUAUUCCAUAAACAAUACAUACGCAUCACAUUGAUCGUUUGUAAUAUGCAAUUUUGGUUGUAUGUGGUGACGAACGGCAUGUACAUGUGGUUCCCGCACAUCAUCAACUCAAUGGUGGAGUUCAUGAAUGGCCAUCCAGGCGAACACAAACAGAUCUGUCACAUUGUCUAUGACAAACAUGAGAGCUUAUAUAAGACUGAUGGUACAAUGGAAUGCGUUGCUAAAUUAGAGAACACAACAUAUUUCUACUCCUUAAUCAUGGAGAUAUUGUACGCCUCCUCGUUUGCCUUUAUUGGUUUGGUAAUCAAUAAAGUUGGCAAGAUAUCCAUACUUUUUAUUUCCACCAUAUUCUUCACCUCAUGUGGCCUUGCUGCAGUCUUCGUAGUCGAUCCCUCGAUUGCGGCGUAUCUGUAUGUGCUCUUCUUUUUGGUGGGCGUGGCAAUCAAUGUUUUGGGCGCUGCCACCGUGGAGCUUUAUCCCACACAAAUGCGUGCCAUGGCCAUAUGCGUCUCGCUGAUGUUCGGCCGUUUGGGCAGCGUUGUGGGCGCUAAUAUUGUGGGUGCAAUGCUGGCUAAUAACUGCGAAAUGACUUUCUACACCGCUUGUGCCGCCUUGUACAUUUGCGCCUUCUUGGCGCUGCUGAUACCACGUAGAACCUUGGCGCCACCAGCUAAACCCGUCUUGGAUGAGGCAUAAGUUGUGUGUGAAGCUGCGUAAAAUCUUAUUCUAAAUUGCGACUUAAAUGCGGAUAGCAUACUUAACUUCGCAACUACUAGUGGGAUGUAUGAAAUACUGUUAUUAUCAAAAUGUGAUGCUAUGCGUGUGUGUGUGUGAGUGUGUGAAUGUUUGUGUGAGUGAAUAUUUAAUUAGUACUUGGUAUGAAAGUGUUUUUUAUUUAAUUUUUAAUUUUUGUUUUAUGGUGCUUAUUGAGAUCGUAUGAAAUGCGUGUUUUUAGAUAAAAUAUAUUGAAUGAAAUAACAAAUAAAUACAAUUAAAAAUAUAAAAAAAA